AUGGCUAACCCUAGAGUAUUCUUUGAUAUGACCGUGGCCGGCAAACCGUUUGGUCGGAUCGUGAUGGAGUUAUUCGCCCACACGACCCCUCGAACGGCGGAGAACUUCCGAGCCCUCUGUACUGGGGAGAAAGGCAUGGGGAAGCUUGGUAAGCCACUCCACUACAAGGGAUCAAUCAUCCACAAUCUGAUCCCCGAUCAAAUGUUCUGUGGAGGAGAUAUCACUGCUGGUGACGGAACCGGAGGGGAAUCAAUCUAUGAGGAAAGAUUUUUCGAGGAUGAGAACUUCAUCAAUAGGCUAACAAGUCCAGGUACCCUCGCCAUGGCUAACCGUGGUAUGGACACCAACGAAUCUCAGUUCAUGAUUUGCAUGGACAGUACGUUUGGCUACCUUGAUACGGCGCACGUCGUGUUUGGCCAAGUUGUUGAUGGAUUGGAUGUGAUCAAGAGCAUUGGGAAGGAGGUCGGAGAUUCUAUCCGCACCUGUUCACUGCCCGUGAUGAUCGCCGACUGCGGUCAGAUCUCAUAGAUCUCAUAGAAGGGGAAAAAAUCGAUUUGGGGAU